GUACCGGGAGCUUUACUUUAUAGCUGCCUCUGCUUUUAUUUCUUAGAAUCACGUAAGUGUAACGGUCUAUUUAGCUGUGCAGCCCCUUCUCCCAUCCCUUCUGUCUCUGCCUGCCCCCUCCCGUCUCCUCUCCUCCUACUCCUCCCUCCCUUUUCGGCAUAGGAAAAGCAGUCAGGAAAGGCAGAGAGAGAGAGAGAGCGGCCUGUCUGUGUGCUUCCCAGAGGCCCCUCAUGGCUGGAGAGGCAGAGCCUCACAUUCUUCGCUGUGCCCCCCUCACCAUUCCCCCUGUACCCCAAUGAGGAAAAGGCAGCGAGAAGGGGGACAAGGAAGGGACAGCCAACAACUGAGAGCCCCCAGCACACCAACAAGACCACCCUACUGGAAAAGCCAAUACUUUUAAAGGAUUUCAAAGAACCCCACCUACACAAUCCAGAAGCUGACUGCCACCAUGGAUCCUGACUGCCACCAUGGAUCCUGACUGAAUGAUUCUGGAGUGGAUUUUGGAUGCUUUCCCCAAAGGCAGAUGGAGCCCCCUGGCAUAUAUAUGUCUGUAUCAGGGUUUCCUUUAUGGCUUGCAUUGGUGACUGAGCAGAUCCUAAAUAUUUACACGGGCGAGGGGGGGCGCAAUGAUCGCCGGUGGGCUUAACAAGCACUCCUUAUGCCUCUCAUCUGUUUAGCGUAGAUACAUACAUACACAGAGAUGUAUGCGCUGUGCUGCCUUAUCCUGGGAAGGUCUGCCUCAGUCUGAAUUGGAGAUUGUACCGUGUUGCUGCAUGAAGCUGCCAGGGCACGGCGAAUGCACGGACUACUCUGCAUGGAGAUACAAGUGACUGGAGUUGGGCAAGCUAGAAGCUGUCAAAACCCUUCCGUUUGUCUGCAGUUGAAGGUUACAGCAGGAGGGGGUGGUAGAGGUGGUGGAGUGGAGUUGUUAGAGGGGGGAAAAGUCCCAGAACUCUAUAUCAACAACAUGGCUUCCCCUGUGAACCAGCAGCUGCUGCAUCAUACUGAGGUUAGGUGUGAUGGGAGCGGGGACUGCAGCAGCGUGACAGUGAGAAUUAAUAGGCAGCACCACCAAGGGCCAUCCAGGCGUUGCAAAUACAGUAUUUCAUCCAGCUGCAGUUCAGGGGAGUCUGGAGUUAAAAAGGCCGGAGGUUCUGGGGGUGCCCGAAGGCAAAAAAAGCUUCCUCAGCUGUUUGAGAGGUCCACAUCGAGGUGGUGGAAUCCUAAAUUUGAUUCCAAUAAUCUAGAGGAGGCCUGUGUGGAAAGGUGCUUCCCUCAGACCCAGCGCAGAUUCCGUUAUGCUCUCAUGUACCUCUCUGUGGCUGGGCUGCUAUGGAGCAUCUACUUUAGUGUCCACAUGAAGUCCAAGCUUGUUAGUCACUUGGCACCUACCCUGUGCUUCCUUAUAGUGUGCCUAGGCUUUUUUUCCUUCACUUUUACAAAGUCCUAUGCCCGCCAUUGCACAGCAAUCUCCUUGCUUGUUACUCUGCUGGUAUUUGCACUGACUUUGGCUUCUCAGUUCCAGGUGCUAAGCCCUGGAUUAGUUAGUGACAGUCUCUUAAACCUAACAUCCUCUACAGCAACAGAUUUCUCUUCUUGCCUCUCUCAGGUGGGCAGUUUCUCCAUAUGUGUGGAGGUCCUGCUUCUCCUCUACACAGUCAUGCACUUGCCUCUAUACCUCAGUGCCUGCCUUGGCGUUGCUUACUCGAUCCUCUUUGAAACAUUUGGAUAUCAUUUUAGAGAUGAACGGUGUUUUGGCCCAUUAGUGGGCAGAAUGGCCCACUGGGAGCUUCUCAGCAAGGCACUGUUGCAUAUUUGCAUUCAUGCUAUAGGUGUGCAUCUUUUCAUAAUGUCUGAGGUCCGAUCUCGUAGCACCUUUUUAAAAGUCGGCCAGUCCAUUAUGCAUGGCAAGGACUUGGAAGUGGAGAAAGCACUUAAAGAGAGAAUGAUUCAUUCGGUUAUGCCGAGAAUCAUUGCAGAUGACUUGAUGAAACAGGGAGAUGAUGAAAGUGAGAACUCUGUGAAGCGCCACUCAGCCUCUAGCCCUAAAAGCCGCAAAAAGAAGUCCUCUAUUCAGAAAACACCAAUAAUCUUUAGACCUUUCAAGAUGCAGAGGAUUGAACAGGUGAGCAUUCUUUUUGCAGACAUUGUUGGAUUUACCAAGAUGAGUGCUAACAAGUCAGCUCAUGCCUUAGUAGGGCUCCUCAAUGACCUUUUUGGUCGUUUUGACCGCCUGUGUGAGGAGACAAAAUGUGAAAAAAUUAGCACUCUAGGCGAUUGCUAUUAUUGUGUGGCAGGGUGCCCUGAGCCACGGCCAGACCAUGCUUAUUGCUGCAUUGAGAUGGGGCUUGGCAUGAUUGAGGCAAUUGAGCAGUUUUGCCAGGAAAAGAAGGAGAUGGUUAACAUGCGUGUUGGUGUACACACUGGUACGGUUCUGUGUGGUAUCCUUGGAAUGAGAAGGUUCAAGUUCGACGUGUGGUCAAAUGAUGUCAACCUGGCUAACCUGAUGGAACAGCUUGGAGUUGCUGGCAAAGUGCAUAUUUCUGAGAAAACCGCUAGAUACUUGGAUGAUCGCUACUUAAUGGAGGACAGUAUGGUGGUUGAACGUUUGGGACAGAUUGUGGCAGCUGAUCAGCUAAAAGGAUUAAAGACAUUCCUGAUCUCAGGGCGCCGGCCCCGCGUGCCCAGCUGCAGCUGCUCCCAGACCCUGCUUCCGAUACAAGAGGGGGCCGACCUCAGCAGCCCUGCCUUAGCCCCCCACGGGCAAACGGCACCCAGCGAGACCAGCGCGGCCAGUGACCCUCUCCCUAACUGCACUCAGCCGGAGAUACUCAAGAGCUGUCCUUCCUGUGGAGAAACCGCCGCCCGUGAUGGCCCUGAAGAAGGCGUUUCUACUGCCAAUGGGGGUGGCAGCGAGGAGUGGAAAGGAGGAGCCACACGGCCUCCUUCCAUUGCAUCACUUAAAGACCCAGAACGGUCUCCUGAGCCCUCCUCCGAGGACACUCUUACCAACAGUCAGGCUUCACUCUAUGACAUGCUACAAGAGAAGGGCCGCUGGUGUGGGGUCAGUAUGGACCAGUCGGCGCUGCUUCCUCUCCGCUUUAAGAACAUCCGAGAGAAGACUGACGCGCACUUUGUGGAGGUUAUCAAGGAAGACAGCCUGAUGAAAGAUUACUUCUUCAAGCCACCUAUCAAUCCACUCAGCCUGAAUUUUCUGGACAAGGAGCUGGAGACCUCAUACCGAGGCAGCUAUCAGGAGGAGGUUUUGCGGAUGGCUCCAGUGAAGACCUUUGCCAGCGCUAAAUUCAGCUCCUUGCUGGACGUCCUCCUUUGCUUCUUCAUCUUUAUACUCCUCUCUGUGGCCUGUUUCCUGAAACCAGGCACAGACCCUGUGUCUCCUCCGACUCUGGCACUGGUUCUGCUGUCUGUCUGUGGCCUCCUGGGCUUCCUCUCACUGCUGGUCUCUGUCAGGAUGACAUUUUACCUGGAAGACAUGCUGCUGUGUACCAGGCGUCUCCUGGAGAUCAUCUCCGGAUGGCUCCCUCGCCAUUUCAUCGGCACUGUCCUCGUGUGUCUCCCAGCAGCUGUCGUCUUCUCGUACCUCUCUUCUGACUUUUACACCAACAUACACUACACUAUGUUCCUGUGUUCAGCCCUCCUCAUCCCAAUGGUUCAGUACUGUAACUUCUGCCAACUGAGCUCCUGGCUGCGCUCCUCCCUUGCCACCAUAGCAGGCGCCACAAUGCUCACCCUGCUCUACCUGCCCUUGUGCCCAGAAAAGCUUCGGCUGGCCCCCGAGACAGACAUUGAAGGAAAUAUGAGCACAUCCAAUUCAUCCUUUGAGGCUGAGGAUAACGCCAGAACUGAGUUCCCAUUCACUCUCCUUGGACAAGAAAUAGCUGUGGCCUACUUUCUCCUCCUUCUCCUGGUCUGGUUCCUGAACCGUGAGUUUGAGGUCAGCUAUCGGCUGCAUUAUCAUGGAGAUGUUGAGGCCGAUCUCCACCGCACCAAAAUCCAGAGCAUGAGAGACCAAGCGGACUGGCUACUGCGGAACAUAAUCCCUUACCAUGUGGCCGAGCAACUGAAGGUCUCACAGAGCUACUCUAAGAACCAUGAUGAUGCGGGGGUCAUCUUCGCCAGCAUAGUCAACUUCAGCGAGUUCUAUGAGGAAAACUACGAGGGAGGAAAGGAGUGCUACCGUGUCCUUAAUGAACUCAUUGGGGACUUUGAUGAGCUCCUUAGCAAACCCCAUUACUCCUGUAUUGAGAAAAUAAAAACCAUUGGAGCUACAUACAUGGCUGCUUCGGGACUCAACCCAUCCCAAUGUCAAGACAGCAGCCAACCGCACCGCCACCUUCAGACCCUCUUUGAGUUUGCCAAGGAAAUGAUGAGCGUGGUGGAUGACUUUAACAACAACAUGCUAUGGUUUAACUUCAAGUUACGCAUUGGCUUUAACCACGGGCCUCUGACAGCUGGUGUGAUAGGGACCACCAAGUUGCUCUAUGAUAUCUGGGGGGACACAGUGAACAUUGCCAGCAGAAUGGACACGACGGGUGUGGAGUGCCGCAUCCAGGCUAGCGAGGAAAGCUACAGAGUGCUGGUCAAAAUGGGUUACGAUUUUGAUUAUAGGGGGACGGUCAAUGUCAAGGGAAAAGGACAGAUGAAAACCUACCUUUUUCCCAAGUGUACAGACAAUGGUGGCCUGGUCCCGCAUCACCAGCUGUCCAUAUCUCCUGACAUCCGUGUUCAGGUCGAUGGAAGCAUCGGCCGCUCUCCUACUGACGAAAUAAGUAGCUUGGUGACAGCAGGAAAAGGGGCAGUAGACUCGGGAAGCGGGGAAGCAGGACGCAAAAGAGAGAAGGCAGAGGAGAGGGGCCGCGAUGGCGGAGCACGGUGAGGCAGGCACGGUGUACAUGGACCAUGGAUAGUGUGAGUCCACCUACUCUCAUGCUAGAGACUCGCAGUCCAGGGAGGGGAAAUGCCAUUUACCGAGACAGCUUGCAGACCUCCUACCUCUCUUUAGAGUUUCAUAACCCACAAAAUACAGUUGACCCAUGAUUGUCACCUACAUCAAUGGCUUCCUUCAUCCUUCCCGGCUGUAUUCUGGCGGGUCUCCAGCCUUUCUAUGUUCUUGGUGGAUUUGACAUCUCUUGUCUUAAGUGGAUUUUACGUCUCCGUUGUUGGGCAAGGGUCAUGUUUUCGGUUAGACCCACUUGGGCUGAGGCUUUCUAUACUGCAGAAGUGGCUCAUUCUGUAGGUUAGCGCUUCAGCUGCCUUACUUCAAUGGUAGGGGCUUAACCGGUGGAGGCCUACAACUAGGGUCCUGCUACUACUGCUUUUACGUGCAUCAAGGGAGAGGCAUGAUGUGCCCAGCUUCUCUGUAAUGUUCACACCCGAGAGGGAUGUACCACCAUGGCUAAUUUCAUAUAUAUAUAUAUAUAUAUAGGCUGAAAGCUUCCUCCACCAUUCCCCGUCCACCAUACUGAGGAUUGAACCAAGUGCCUUCUGCUCUCUACAGUUUCUCCUCCCAGAAGAGAGAUCAGUGACACCUUGCCACAAUUCUCACUACCACUUGCCAAAAGCAUGAGGCUCUCUAGGCUGCUCCCCCUCCCCCCACCACAGAGGAACAUGUAGGGGGUUAUUAUUUUGUUUGGGGGUGGGGUUUGUAUUAAAAGGGGGCAGGGUACGGAGGUCCUUUUCAUUAUUACAGUAAGACAAAGCGAUUGUAACGUGUUUUCAUUAACACUUUAGCCGUCGACUCGGUAUCGUUAGAUGUGUCGCCUCCUGCAGGGACGUUAGAGCAACACGCAGAGAGUCAAGUGAUUGCCAGUUCAUCUUUUGUUUGUCCAAAUAUUACCAUUAAAAAAAAAAAAAAAAAUUGUAUUUAAUAUUAUGUUUUGUUGUUGCCAUAGCAGAACAAUGUAUUACUGUAUCUCUGGCUGAAAAGGUUCUUUAAUCAUGCAAAAUCACCUGUAAUUGGUGGCGUUGGUGGGGGGAGGAGGGGCGGGACCUGGAAUUUUUCUUUUUCUUUUUUUUUAAAGGUAUAAAGAAUUCUAAAAUAAAAUGGGAAUAAGAAAAGUGUAUUAUUUGAGCCUGCAUGUAUACAUGCAUAUGUGUGUGAGCCUGGGGCGUGCCAUGGCAUCCCACAACUGCAAUAAAACACAUUUCUUCUACACGCACACACACAUAUACAUAUAGACAUGUGUGUGCACCUCCCCCCGGUGCAGCUAUUCAUUCUCCUACAAGCCUGUUACCCCAUUGGACAUAGCCAGGCAUUGGUCAUGUAGGGUCUAUGGGCUGAGAAUGCUACUGGUCCACAUUGGCCAAAGGCUCAUUGUUUGGAAGGAUUCCCCCUGACCAACCCACUGACUCCUCCCACUGCGCGAUAUAUUCUGUUCAGCAGAGAAAAUUGCAAUGCCAAAAUAAACACAUUGAGUACUCGGA